AUAGAUCAAGGCCUUGUUAAAUUUCUCCCAAAUUUUCUUUCCAUCAAAACCAAAGAAAGGGGAUUCUUGCGAUCUGAAACUCCCGCAACACUAUCAGCAUUACAACUUUUGCUAUUGCCUCUCAUUUAGGAAAUCAACAAGGCCCUCCGCCACUGGCCGUAAUGCUCAAGCAUAUUGGAUAAAGGAAAUAUGAAAGAGAUACUUCUAAUAAAUUGAUAAAAGUUGGGAAGUCAAUAUGAAGAUCUUCAAUUGUUAUUAAUUUCACAGGUACAACUCAUAGCAAGGGUUGGUUGACUUGGUUGAAGCAAAAAUUGAUUAAGACAGGAAAGUUCAGAUAUGUCAGCGCUCUUUAAUUUCCAUUCCUUCUUGACGGUAGUGCUGUUAUGGAUUUGUACAUGCACUUAUGUGAAGAUGCAUUUUCCGGCACUUCUUGAACAAAGAACUGGGUUUCGAGGCUUCUUUUGGAAGGCUGCUAGAAUAGGUGAGCGGCUGAGUCCUUGGAUGGCUGUGGGCUGCUUGACAAUGGGUGUUUCAAUAAUCUUCUUCUAAGCGCGAACUGUUGACAAAAAUAGACCUUGGAGCUGGGACCUAAUUUUUCUGCUUUCAACUUGUUUUUGCAUCAAAAUGCCUUGUUUGAUCAAACUUGAGUACUGAAUCAUUGUGACAGUAUGAUCUGGAACUAAGCUUUUGUUUGUAAGAUAGAUGGUGUUUAUUAUGAGAAGGCUCGAUGUUAUCGAUU